AACUUAAAGCAAUACAGGGGUCAUUAUUUUACAUUUGAUUCAGUUACAUGAAAUCUCUUGUUUUUCAGAUUAACAGUUGCUUUGUUACUUCUUUGUCAAACAGGAAUAUAAAAAUGAGUGAAAAAUAAUUUGAGCUUUGAUUAGAGCACACUAUUUACAUGUACUAUGGCAGUAGCAUAUCUAAAGGAGGUGAUCACCUUCACAUAUCCUCACAACUGAUGCUGACCAUGUUUGCUCACUUGGAGUUCAGAGGUUGACUUUGUGUACCUCCUGGCGGCUAAAGCACCACACCUCUCCCCCGAAUGUGAUGUCAUACUCUAUGGUGAAACUUGUGGCUACAAAUUGGCACAACCCCCACACUGUUGGACACUUCUGCUGGGGACUUCAGAAGAGGAGGCUUAAACCCCCAAAUUAAACCAUGCGAGAAAUUGUUAACAUUCAAGUUGGGCAGUGUGGCAAUCAGAUUGGAUCCAAGUUCUGGGAGGUGAUCAUUGAUGAGCAUGGCAUCAACCCUGCUGGCUAUUUCACGGGGGAUUCGUCUGUGCAGCUAGAAAGAGUUAACGUCUACUUCAAUGAGCCUUCCACCAACAAGUAUGUACCCAGAUCCAUUAUGGUGGAUUUGGAGCCUGGUACCAUGGACAGUGUCCGUUCCGGGCACCUUGGCAACCUGUUCAGUCCUGAUAACUACAUUUUUGGUCAGAACGGAGCUGGGAACAACUGGGCCAAAGGCCAUUACACAGAAGGGAGUGAGCUGGUGGAUGAGAUCAUGGAUCGAGUGAGGAAGGAGAGUGAGGGCUGUGACUGGCUGCAGGGCUUCCAGUUCCUCCACUCCUUGGGCGGGGGCACGGGCUCAGGCCUGGGCACCUUGCUCAUCAGCAAAGUGCGAGAGGAGUACCCAGACCGCAUGAUGAGCAGCUUCAGUGUGCUGCCCUCUCCCAAAGUGUCUGACACGGUGGUGGAGCCCUACAACGCCAUGCUGUCUGUCCACCAGUUGCUAGACAACACCGAUGUGACGUUUUGCUUCGACAACGAGGCACUGUACGACAUCUGCUUCCGCACGCUCAAGCUGCCCGCCCCGACCUACGGUGACCUCAACCACCUGGUCUCCGCCACCAUGAGCGGAGUCACCACCUGUCUGCGCUACCCGGGGCAGCUCAACGCCGACCUGCGCAAGCUGGCCGUCAACAUGACGCCCUUCCCCCGCCUGCACUUCUUCAUGCCAGGCUUUGCCCCUCUGACGCCAAGGGGGAGCAUGAAGUACCGCGCCCUGACCUUGUCCGAGCUCACCCACGAGAUGUUCAGCGGCAAGAACAUGAUGACGGCCUGCGACCCCUGCCGCGGGCGCUACCUGACCGUGGCGGCCGUGUUCCGUGGCCACAUGUCCAUGAAGGAGGUGGACGAGCAGAUGCUGAAUAUGCAGCACAAGCACAGCAGCUACUUCGUGGACUGGUUGCCCAGCAACGUCACGGUGUCCGCCUGCAACGUGGCCCCCAGGGGCCUCAAGAUAUCAUCCACUUUCAUCGGCAACAGCACAGCCAUCCAGGAGAUCUUCAAGCGCAUCUCGGGACAGUUCACGGCCAUGUUCCGGCGCAGAGCCUUCUUGCACUGGUACACCGGCGAGGGCAUGGACGAGAUGGAGUUCACCGAGGCAGAGAGCGACGUUCAUGACCUGGUGGCUGAGUACCAAGUGCACCAAGACGCCACUGCACACGACGAUGAAGACCUGUUUGAAGAAGAGGAAGAAGAAGAACCAGAGAUUUAG